AUGAAGUUCCCAGUGCCUGGUCUUUCAGGCUCCUUCAUGAAGCUUCUAGUGGUUGCGUUGUCAACGCAACUUGUCUCGGGCAAUGGAAGUUUUCAUCUCAAAGUCAGCGACUGCAGCCUAUUAGAAGAAGGUCUUGUAUUCAAGGCAGUCAAGAGUAUGAAAUUAGCUGCUUCUGUUGCAGAGGAUCGCACAAAGAAGUUACUAGAAGUGCUUAGGAAAAAUCCAGGCCCAGACGAUUCGGUUAAAGGCUCUGAUAUUUCAAGCUUGAUGUUUUUUGAAACCAUGUUUGGAGAGGUGGAUCCAUGCGGAGGGGUUCAAAGGGUGGAGGAUAUUUACAAAAGAAUUGUUACGUUUCGGGAAACUCUCCAGAACCCUCAGUAUAAGGUCAACAUUGUAUGUCGGGAAGCUUUCCUGAAGCAGGAAGAAGGCCGUAAGUUGAAUUAUCAUCACUUACUUAACUACAUUUGCAGAUCAGAUUGGCCUUGGCUUGUUAACUAUACUGCUAUCCUAGUUGAUAUGGAUACUGAAGUCAUGGACAUGCGCCCCCCAGAAUGGGGCGGUCAAAGGUUAAACUUUGUUGAGUCUAAGGACCAGUUGUUCCCAUGUAAGAGUGGGGAGACACAGGCCUGGUCCUCAACAAAGUAUGACAUGGAACCAGAGCUCGUAGACCUUACAGUUCUAUGUGAUCAAGUUUUGAAGUCUUCGAAUUGGAACGAAUACAAUUCUGUGCCGUACGAGACUUUACGAAAAAAGGAGUUUGAACCCGAUUCCAGAAAAAUCGAUGAUAUUGAUGAUUACAAUCUUGCAACUAUAUUGACCCAUGAAUUCUCACACUCAGGCUCAAUAUACGAUUGUGACCCUACGGGUAUGUACGGCACGUGA